GACCGCUCCAGUCGAAUCCUCUCCGUAUUUGUGGAGCCCAUUGGGUUCAAUCACGGACACUGAACCAUCAAGGUGACUUUUCCUGGCAGCGCAGCGAGAGUGGGAGCCGUGGUGGAGGGGGAUCGUCUGGGGUCUCUGGACAGAGCGGUCCCUGCGUUAGACGGGGUUCGGUACGAAGGUGCGCAGGGCUCUGCCCCGCUCUCUGCUUGCUUGUAACCAGAGCGUUUCACUGGUGCAACAGCGGGACCAGACGGUGUCAGGGACUCUGCGCUUCCUACACGGCUCAUUUACUCUGCCACCAUCUGUGCGCUCCCUCCCCGUGCCCAGAUCACGCUCCACAGCCACAGCCGGUGGGAGGACGUGUUCAGCAGAGGGGCAGUAGAGCAAGGGCAUCUCUCCCAGCUGCACCUGCUGCACAUCCAGACUGCACUGGGAGAAAAUCCUCUGUGCAGCUGGGGGCCUGGUCUUGGCCCCUCCAAUAUUUUCACCAGCUUCCAGCUGUUUAAUCUGCAGCAGUGAAUGUUUCCCGCUGUCGGGAGGGGAGACCUUGCUGGGUGCAUCUGUCCCGGCACACACGGGCAUCCCUAGCGGCGCUGUCCCUGGGGCAGCGCUGGGCCGACAGGCCGGCCACACCUGGGGUUUCUCUGCUUCUGACUGCGAUACAGCUGCGACAGGGAGCAAGCCCGAGGACGGUCUGCCCCUGCUUACCAGAGGGACAUUAACUGGUGUGCCCCCUUGCCCGGGAAGCAGCAGACAUGGGUCUGAAGUCCUGCCGACCCACAAACAGCUUGAACCUGCUUCGGCUUUUCCCAGCACCGUGCUCUAACCACUUGGUCAUAAUCCAGGCCUUGCUUAGACCUCUCCCCAUCUCUCCUCUCCAAGCAUGCUCCCUUGGCAGCCAAAACAGGGAGGUAAGUGGGGAUAUGAGGUGGUCCAAGGUGUUAUCCUGGUUCCCAAUGCAAAGAAGAAACCCAGGUGUUAUGUCGCCAUUUCAGCCACCAAAUGUGAAGCUAAAUUCAAAGGGCGGUCCUAUUCCACCGCUGAGAAUCACAAUCCCAAACCGUGGAAGGGCGAAGCAAUGCGGUUUCACAGGUGAACAGUACAUUGGACGGGGCCUACGAGACCUGCGAGAUGAAGUGCGUCACCCAAGGCCGUCCAGCAGAGCAGUGGCAGAGUCCCAGGUACCUUUCCAGCCGUGUCGCAGUUCAGCAGGACAGUGCCCUCGCCUCCUGUUUCGAAAGCACGUCUUUGUGCUGAGCACGUUGUCAGUGCGGAGAACAAGAAACAAAGAUGAAAAAUACUAUUGAAAUGCUAAUGUUACGGCCCUUUACUCCUGCUCGUCUCUAAACCCAAAUGACCCUUUCCUUUAGUUUUUAGUGUGGCUGUUGGAGGACUGUCAGCAUCACUGGAAGCACAGACACCGCUUGAACGUAUGCAAUUUGCAUUUCUGUUAGGGUUUCAUUUAUUUCCCUUAAUGUCUUUACAAUUGUCUAUCACUUCUUUCAUUCCUUUCAUCUCAGCGAUCAUUUGGCUGGUGAAAGACCGUCUCCAAAUACAGUAGUCCAGAGGAUAGUUAUGCUACCCGUGUGGGGGAUUUGUCCAGCACAGACUUUUUCUGGCAAAGGGAGUCGUGUUUGAAAGGGAAGCUCGUCACACCUUCCCCACGGCUUUCCUUCUCUCUGGCAGUUCGCUGCACAAACGUCCCCACUAACAGCCUGCACGACGAAUCUGAAGUUGUACCUGAUCUGUGGGUGCGGAAGAACCAGCUCGUGCAUACGGCAUCCUCCACGUGCGCAUCGCUGUUAGGACAGCACAGCGGGGCCCGUGCUUCCAGGCACUAGGCAGUGUACACGCAUGGCCCAGAGGUAGCGCCAAAACACAUGAGAACAGAGACAAACCUGCUCCAGAAAAGGAAGAGAGCGUGCACUGGGUCCUCCUAAGCACUGGCCAUGGCUGUGUGCUUCAGUACGGCACCAGGGAUCGCCGCAGCAUGAGCUCUGCACAAGCUGGCCCUCCCCUGCAAUGGAAAUCAGGUGGCGUGUGUGCAUCGGGGGCUCAGCCGGGAGCGAGAGCUGCCUGGAUCCAAGCAGCACCGCACCGCCGGGGGGGACGUGGCAUCAGGCGGGGAAGGCAGCGUGCGCAGAAGCAGACACCUCACCGCACCCCUCCCUGCUGGGGCACAAGCGGCCGAGACAGGCCCGUGGGCACAAAACCUUGCAGGACGCUGCUUUGCAGCGAUGCUAAAACAACACCAGAAACAUCAGUCACGAACGUGGAAACGAGUCCCAGUUCGAGACGCUGGACCGGCCGUACCAGAUGACACGGGGGUCGACACAGCAAGAGGAGCAGGCUCCCGACUCUGUGGAUGCUGCCCCGGCUGACUGUUCGGGGACUGGGUGAAAAACCAGGAUGGAGAAGACCCUGGAGGACCAUCUGCUGGAGGCCGUGGAAGGCCUUGGGAAGGAGGACUGGAAGAAGUUCAAGUACAAACUGAAGCACUACAAACUCAAGCCGGGCUACAACCACAUCCCCUGGAUGAUUCUGGAGGAGGCAGAGCGCCUGGAGGUGGUGGAGGAGAUGACAGACCACUUUGGGACACGCUACGGGGUGGAGAUCGCGGUGGACGUGCUGAAUGCUAUAAACAAGAGGAAACAUGCAGAUGAUCUCAGCCAGGCCCUGAGAGAAGAUGAUGUAAAUCAGAGCGCAGUAUCAGCGACUGCACAAGCUCCAAGGCAGGAGGGGGGAGAUGGCUUGGAGCAAGGACAAGCGUCAGACUCUCAGCGGGGCACAGAACAGGAGGAGGAGGCUGGCAUCAAUCCUGAAGAGAAAACAGAGAUUCAGGAAGACCCAGCACUGGAGAAGACAGACACUUCCCCUGGAGGAGAUCCUGAAAACCCAGAGAGUCUCACAGCUGCGGGAGCUACUGAAGAGGAAAUCCAGGAUGAACAGGGCAGUGGAAGUGAAUUGAGGAGGUGUGAUGACAGGAUGGAUCUGCAACCACUGGAAAAAGAAGAGAGAUUCAACACUUUGCGUCAGCUGUGUGGUAGUCAGCAGAAGAGACUGAGGAGCCUUAGAGACUCUACUGGGACCAAGCAGGAAGUCCUUGGAAGGAAGAGUCAGUGUCCUUGGAAGGAGACCUUUCGCAAAGAGAGAAGGCAAGCCCCUUGCGAAGUCCUCUCAAGGCUACACCUGAUAAGGUACGUGGAUGAUAAACUCAAGCUGAGCCACGUCUUGGAGAUCAUCACAAGACACCAGACGCCCCGGUCAUUAGCAGAUUUCCCGUGGCAUUUCCUGAGGAAGGUGCUGGGCCUGGACGGGACCGCCAGAAAUAUGGGUUUGGGGCAAAAGGCUAAGGGAGGAGAUGACAAGGGCGAGAUGGACACCGGGGAGACUCUCCACCCCCUGGACCUGAUCUGUGCUGUCCUCUCCUGCUCCGAUCCUUUCCUCCAGCAGGAAAUCCUGGCCAGAAUGGCCAUGUGCCAGUUUGCCCUCCCCUUGCUUCUGCCCUCCCUCAAGGCCUCCCAAUGCACCCUCUUGCUGUGGGCCAUGAGGGGCAUUGCGACAACGUGGAUGCCACACACCAAGGCCAAGAGCCGGGGGCCCAGAGAGGAGAGCCUGGUGCUCACCCUGAUGCCCACCUUCUCCUUCGUGCGGCUGGGACGCUGUAGUGUCUCCAAGUCCAGGCUCCUCAAUGAAAUCCUCAGCCCCCUCCAACAGCCCCAUAACUUCUUUGUCCACCGGGACAUGGAGGCUGGCAACGUCCCCCGGAAAUUGGCCAACGGGCUGGUGGAGAUCUCGUGGUACUUCCCUUCAGGCAAGAAGAGCUCUGACCUCUUCCCAGAGCCCCUGGCCGUGACCAACCUGCGUGGGGACAUCAAGUCACACUGGCAGGAAUUCACCUUCUUAACACAGGUCUCGUCAGCUGUCUUCAUCCUGACUGAUGGUGUGCAGCAAUCAGACUACGAGCUUCUCUCCUCUCUGCAGGCGUCCACCACCACCUACUACUUCAUCCUCACCCACCAGGACGGGGCGACCAAUGAAAUGGUGGACUCGCUGAAGAACCUAACCCCUGCCCUGAAACUCACACAAUCGCAAGUGCUGGUGAGGGGGCAAGAUACCCACCAUGCGCAUUUCGUGGAGAAGCUACGGAGAAGCCUGAGGGACACAAUGACGGGGGCUGAAAGGAAAGGGAGGCUCUCGGACAUGGCUGACGUGGCCCGCGGCCUCGAGAUGAAGGUGGAUGAGGACCAUGAGGCAUGUCAGAAAGGAAAGACGCGGGCCGGAGACAUCACCAGGGAAAUCAAAGACGUGGCAAAGUACAAGCGAGACAUGCUGAGACUCCAAGGGGACCUGUGGAAAGAGCUGGCGAGAGUGGAGAAGGAGCGGUGCCAGAUGAGAAGCCAAGGGGACGCCGCCCCAGAGCAAUACCAAUCUCAGCUGACAGCCAGGUGGCUGCAUCUACGGGGCCAGCAACAUACGUGUGGGGUCCCGCCUGGCGUGACUAAAUUCAUCGCGGCCUUGAGACAGCUCGCCCCGGUGGAGAAACGCUACUUCCUGAAAUGGCUCGCGCUCCAGCUGGAUCACGUCAUGUGGGGGGAUCUCUCCAGGCAGCGCCCCCAAGACAAGGAGAAGCCCAACAGAUUAGACCCACGUCGGCUCCAGGAGGCGGAUGAAUUGGUCUCCGCCGCUUCCCUGGGGGUGGAGCAUUUCAUGCGGGAGCUGGGGCAGCUCUACGAGGCCGAGUGCUCCAUGCUGAAGGAGGGAAACAUCCAGGAGCACCAAAGGAAGUUCAGGCCCCUCCCGGGCAUCGCGGCCGAGCUGAUGCUGGAAGGCUUCCCCGUGGAGCUGAUCGACGGAGACGCCGCCAACAUCCCGGUGCAGUGGGUGACCGAUCUGCUGACUCAGCUCCACGCCAGGGUGGAGGGCAGGUCCCGGCUGCUGGUGGUGACGGUGGUGGGAGCCCAGAGCACGGGGAAGUCCACCCUACUCAACGCCAUGUUCGGGCUGCAGUUUGCCACGGGCAGCGGCCGAGGCACGCCAGGGGCCUUCAUGUCACUCCGUAAGGUGGCGGGCACCUCCCAGGAGCAGCUGGGCUGUGAUUUCCUCCUGGUCAUAGACACCAAAGGCUUGAAAGGCCCUCAGUGGGCCAUCCCACAUGACAACGAGCUGGCCACCGUGGUCAUUGGCUUGAGUGACAUCGUAAUGGUGAACAUGGUCAUGGAGAACACCACGGAGACGAAGGACGUCCUCCAAGUUGUGGCCCACGCAGCCCUCAGGACGGGGGAAAUUGGGGUCAAGCCCUUCUGCCAGCUGGUUCAGCACGACUUCAGUGACGGGUCGUCCCGCCCCCCAAACAUGGCCCUCCUGGAGCAGCUGAAAGACGUGGCCCAAGCCACAGCCAGGACGGAGAAAGGGAAAGCCACGAAGCUUUCCGACGUGAUGCGCUACGAUGCAGAGAACCACACGUGGUGCCUCCCGGGGCUGUGGCACGGCGCGCCCCCCGUGGCUCCCGUGAACCCGGCGUACAGCAAGAGCGUGGAGGAGCUGAGGGCGUCUUUGUUUGAGGCCCUGCAGAAAACCAGGCCUGAAAACAGAGCUGCCAAGGACAUCCCCCAGUUCGUGGAGUGGAUGAGGAGCCUGUGGCGCGCGGCCAAACACGAGAACAUCACCCUCAGCUUCAGGAACAGGUUGCUGGCGGAGGCCUACAACCAGCUCUCCAUGGACUACACCGAGCUGGAGUGGGGCUUUCGCAAGGCGAUGCUCUUCUGGGCCUCCGAGACAGAGACGAGCAUCCAGAACCAGCCCACGGGGACGCUGGACAAAAGGGCCUCCAUCCAGCUGCAGCACGAGGUGCAGGAGAGGGUGAGGCAGGAGGUGGGAAAGCUGGUGGAGGGCAUCGAGCUUUGUUUUGAACGCGAGGCAGCGAGUCUUCAGCUGAUGGAAAAGCACCGGGAGGAUUUUCUCAGGAGCGCCGAGGGCCUCGGGAAGGAGCUGGAGAACGAUUGCUUCGCCAAGUGCCAAGAAGCCGUUGAAGUAGCCAAGGGCCGACACAGGCUGGAGGUUGCCCUGGGAGAGUGUCACAGACAGCUCGGGAAGAAAGUCAGCGGGCUUCUCGAGCAGUGCCGGGCAAGUGAAGACCAGCUCGACAGCGACGUGCUGGAUGCAGAAUUCGAACGUGCGUGGAGAGAAACACUAUCCGAGCUGCCUCUGAGUCCUCUAGAGAAAUAUAACCUGGAGAAACGUCAGAUCCGGGAAGAAAUGGAGACCCAGCUGAGAAAAGACCUUGAGCACCUUGAGGGCACCGCACGGGAGCUCUUGGGAGAGGCCCGACUCCUGUCUGAUCGCCCGGCGCUACCUUUCCAAAUGAGGAAGGAGUACCUGGACCUCUCCGCCGUCAGGGGCAUCAUCGAGCGGUUCACGCAGGCGUGCUGGGAACGCACAGAAGCGCUGGCUCAAUCCCUCAUUGAAGACUGCAAGCGUUACACCGCGGAGAAGGCCGCCUCCAAAGCAGGGUACCACGAAGUCUACUGCAGAGAGCUGCUGCGGAUGGUUAACGAACCCCUCCGGAAAUGUCCCUCCCAGCAGAGAAGGACCAGCGCCCUCUUUGAAGUCGAGCUCAAGCGGCACAUUUUGGGGGAGGCAGCUGCCAAGUUCCAGAAGAUGCACGAAGACUUUAUUCGGGAAAACGACACUCUUCAGCGCUUGGAGAGGCUGAAACCUCAGUAUCUCUCCAUGUUCAAAGCCCGUUACUGGGGGAGACAUGAAUGCCGAGACUGGGCCUGGGAUUUCUGCCAGUGGUGCCUGAAGCCGGCUCUGGAGGACUAUGUGAGCAAGAGGCUUGGGGUUGAAAUCGUGGAUGACUUGGUGACCAAGGGAGGGUCUAGCACGUUCAAGAGCAGGAUUCACUUCCAGUACGCCGUCCUGAAGGAGCUGCUGGAACGGGAGGAUUUCAACGGCUAUGUGCAGUACAUCCAAAGCCACGUGGAGUUUGUCAAAUCCCGGAUCCAGCGGCAACUGGUGACUCACUACACAGAGAAGGCGAGUCUGGGAGGCUUGGAGGAGAAGGUCUUGUCCACCAUAACCAAGAAGGUUUGCAAGGUCCUUGCAUGCUCUGAGGCUGAGAAGACUCAGCCGGUCGCCACCUUCCUCAGCCGCUUCUGUGAAGAGCUGCGGCAGGAUCUCGUCAUCCCUAGAGACAGCUUGGAAGUGAUCCUCUUUCAAACCACUGCCACCGCCGGCGAGUUCUCGGCUCGCCUCCUACAUCUCGUCCCUCUGCUGCAAAGAGAAGUCUUGGCCGGCUGGAAGAACGUGGAGGUACAGUCGAGGCUCUCCGGGCUUCCCGUCAAGCCCCAGGAUGAGAUGUUCAAGCGUGUGUUCGGCUGCGGGGAGCAGUGCCCCUUCUGCAAAGUGCCCUGCGAGGCCGGGGGCAGAGAGCAUGGAGAGCACUUUGCAUCCGUCCAUCGGCCUCAGGGAUUGGACAGUUACAGGUGUGAAGAGACCAAUGUCCUGGUGUUUGACGUGUGCUCCUCCUCUGUUGUCUCCAACAAUUGGUUCCAAAAUGCCGACACGGCCGGGCAACUGCAUCCGUACAAAGAGUACCAGCAAUACUACCCGGCCUGGCGCAUCCAACCAGAUCCCAGCAUCCACGCUUCCGAUUACUGGAAGUUCGUUUUCAAGGAGUUCAACGAGCAGUUUGCUCGGGUGUACAAGUGUCUCCCGGCCCGUCUCCCGGAGGACUGGUGUAGACUCACGAAAGAGCAGGCCCUGCAGAGCCUCUCGAAAAGCACUUACAUGAGCAGCAGAGUGAGACUGUCCCAGCAGGACUUUCCUGGGACAUAACAACCACCCGGUGCCUCGUGAUAACACACGGACAUUGCUUUUCUGCCCGUCUCCAGUCCCGUUGCAGGAAGAGAAUCAAAUGGGAUUCCGGGGUCCUAUGAAAUCCUUUGUGCAGGUUCCCAUCUACAGCUGUCACAAAGGUUGGGUACCUCAUGCCCCUUGGUUCCCUCGUGCACCUCUCUGCCCGGCUGGUCCCUUGCAUUUAAUGCAGAGAGAUGCGACCUUGCCGUGUACAAGUGCUCUGUAAGGAGGCUCUUCUCCGUUUGAAUAGUACAAGCAUAUCGAGAGGUAGAUCGUGUUCAUCAUUCACUAGCUGCCAUCAUCGCUUGUGCAUAUUAAUAAAGCUGGCUUGCUUUCCC